AUGGGAUCGUGUUUAAGUCAUGUUAGUAAAAACACGUUAGAGGUUGAUGCGGAAUUAAUUCAUGAUAAUGGAAAACGGUCGACCUCACCGACUCAAGUCGCACUGGCUAACAAAAGACACGAAAGACAAAAGAAAGAUCGAACACCUCAUGACAGUGAAUUAACAAAGAUUAAAGAAGAAAAUGAAGCUUUGAAACAAGAAAUAGACAUUCUUUCGACACGACUCAGUGCCGUUGCCAGUGCUAAGCUAACAGAUGGCAAUCUUAAUAUUGCAGACUUAUGUGAUGUAAACAGGCCAACAAAACUAGCUGAACAAUAUUUGGAACUUUACGACAAUGAAUGGGCUGAUGCAUUUGACGUUUUGAGUAAGAAUGAGGUGCCAGAUGAACAAGCCUGUCGUAUGCUAUUAGAGAUAUUCUGCCUUGUUUACGAAACAUGUCUUCGAAAAGCAAACGAUGAACUACAUAAAGUAAUGGAUGGAAUCAACGCAUUUUUCGGAUGUCAGGAAUCACCUAUUGAGGUAAUGAAAUCACUCAAAGAUCAGAGGAAAAGACAUUUUAGAGAGCAGUUUAAACAAAUAAAGAUGUUACAGGUAAAUACAUUUUCUUGA